AUCCAAUCCCUGAGGUCUUUACGCGUGCAUGUGUGAUGUGUCGUACAUUUAUUCACCUGAACAGUAUAUAAAGUGUAGCCGUGCUGUUAAGGUGUAGUAUCAUCAUCCAGGAAAACUAAUCUUCAGUACUUACCUGUUGGUCACGAUGAAGCUGAUCCUUUCUUUAACUCUCAUCUGGGCACUCUCCAGCACUGCUGGAGCACUUCAGUGUCAAACUUGCACAGAUCAGCAGUGUUUAACCACAAUAUCACAAACAUGUUCCUCAGAGACUUUCUGUGUAACAGCUUCCAUUCAAGCCAUUUCAUCCGGAACUCCAGCACAGAAAAUCUUCAAGGCGUGUGCAUCGUCCUCCCUUUGUCCAGCCACAGGCUCUCAGACAUUUUCAGUCAACUUGGGUGCUACGAGUGCAGUUACCUCUGCUCAGUGCUGCAACACAGAUGACUGCAAUGCAGAAACUCUACCUUUCCCUGCUGCUCAGACAGAUAACAGCCUACAGUGCUUCACUUGUAACCCUCUCACCUCUCAAUGCACUUCUUCAUUACAAUGUCAAGGAGUGGAGAACACCUGCUUUAAAGCGAGUGUGACGAGUGGGUCCACCACUUCUCCAGCCUUUGGCUGUGCAUCUGCAAACCUGUGUGCAGCUGCUGCCAGCCUGGGAAGCUUACCUUUCUUGCAAAGUGUUGAUACCGUCAGCGGCCUGUCCUGUUGUGGGACCAAUUUGUGUAAUACUGUCAUAACAACACCAACUACUGCCCCAACGACAAUAACUACUGCCCCAACGACAACAACUAUUGUCCCAACGGCACCAACUGCUGCACCAACGACAACAACCGUCGCCCCAACAACAACUGUCUCCCCAACGACAACAACUACUGCCCCAAUGACAACUGACGCACCAACUAUACCAACUGUUGCCCCAACGACAACUGUUGCCCUAACGACACAAACUACUGCCCCAAUGACAACAACUACUGCCCCAACAACAACUACCGCCCCAACGACAACAACUGUCGCCCCAACGAUACCAACUACUGCCCCAACGACAAUUGUUGACCCUACGACAACAACCACUGCCCCAACGACAACAACUGUCGCCCCAAUGACACCAACUACUGCCCCAACGACAACAAUUGUUGACCCUACGACAACAACCACUGCCCCAACGACAACAACUGUCGCCCCAACGACACCAACUACUGCCCCAACGACAACAACUGUCGCCCCAACGACACCAACUGCUGCACCCAACGACAACAACUGUCGCCCCAACAACAACUGCACCAACUAUACCAACUGUUGCCCCAACGACAACUGUCGCCCUAAUGACACAAACUACUGCCCCAACGACAACAACUAUUGCCCCAACGACAACAACUGUCGCCCCAACUACAACAACUAUUGCCCCAACGGCACCAACUGCUGCACCAACGACAACAACUGUCGCCCCAACAACAACUGUCUCCCCAACGACAACAACUACUGCCCCAACGACAACAACCGUCGCCGCAACGACAACAACCGUCGCCCCAACGACAACAACUGUCGCCCCAACGACAACAACUGUCGCCCUAACAACACCAACUACUGCCCCAACGACAAUAACUACUGCCCCAACGACAACAACUAUUGUCCCAACGGCACCAACUGCUGCACCAACGACAACAACCGUCGCCCCAACAACAACUGUCUCCCCAACGACAACAACUACUGCCCCAAUGACAACUGA